UGCAUAGGUAUGUAGUGACAAGGCUCCCUGCGAGUCAUACAGCACCAAUCAGUCAUCGAGCAGGACAUCUAAUACUUAUUCGGUGUUUCAAUAGAACGUAUAUCAUUGACAAACAAUGUUGAUUAUCCCCAGCUAAGCCAACAGGAAAGCCUCUCCUUCUCCUCAGCUCUGAUGCACGGCCUCGACGAAUUCAGUUUCACACAGACCAACUGCCCCGCAGACGUCAUGCCAUGGCAGGGGGCCCAAUUUGUGCCAAGCUGAGCUGGUUGCCUCUUUGAUUCACUUAUCAUUAUACUAUUUACCUAGACUACAUAUGUACACUUGUGCUUUGCAACUUUUAUCAAUUUCAAAAGCCAAAAAUCUUCCCGUAUUAAGUACAGUUAUCUCAAGAACAACACAAAAUGUCCUUCUUCGGCAGAAAUGAUGGCGACGACAGCCGCGGCGAAAGACGCGAUGAAUAUGACGACCGCCAAGGUUCCGACAACCGCCAGGGAGGUUAUGACGGUCGUCGAAGCGAGAGACGCGAUGACUACGAUGAUCGCCAGGGUGAGAGACGCGAAGACUACCCAAGCGGUGGCAACAUGACCCACGGUGGAUCUUACCCAGCAGGCGGCCACGGACGAGACGAUGACGAUUUCAGCGGUGCUGCCCAACAUGCCAGCCAACACGCUGGCAACUCUGGCGACAGCAGUCUGUUCUCCAGCAUCCUUGGAUCUUUGGGCCAGAACAAGGGCCGCUUGGCUCAAGAAGAUGUGGACGAAGAAGAUUCCGUUAAGCAGCACCAGCGAAUGUACGGAGAUGGUGACGAUAAUGACGCCGAUGACCGUAGUCUGGGAUCGGCGGCAGCUAUGCAAGCUCUUAAGAUGUUCUCCGGUGGCAGCAGUGGAAACUCGCAGUCGGGCAACAGCCAGAGUGCUUUCAUCGGGUUGGCUAUGGGUGAAGCCAGCAAGCUCUUCGACCAAAAGUCUUCACAAGGCAAGGUAUCAGGUGGCUCUAGCAAAGAGUCUGCAGUCAUGCAAGCUGGUGAAAUGGCACUGAAGUACUACAUGAAGAGCCAGGGUGGCGGUUCUUCUUCAGGAACUUCUGGACUUAUGGGCUUGGCAUCCAAGUUCUUGUAAGGUGCGGGCUCCAUAAACAUUACUCGGGCUCAGAACCAGAUACAUAGUAUGCUACAAGUGCCAGUUUGAUCACACCUACCACAAAAUGUGAAAUCGAAAUUCCGCAA